CUGGAGCCACCCUCACCAUGAAUUUUCCAAUUCGUCACUGAUCGGUAAAAGACCCUUUCACUUUACCAUAGUACCAUACCCUCCAGCGUCAAUGGCCGCGACAAGAUUGCUAGAAGAUAGGAUGAGGAUUUUCCUGCUUUCAGUUUUAGCAUUCGUAGCAUUGGCGCCAGUAACAGCUCCACUUCCUUCUUUAUCCUCUCCAUCCCCCCUCCCUAUAUCAAGAAGCGCAGAGAGAACAUUUGAGAUCGCGGAUGAUAUGUUCUGGAAAGAUGGACAACCUUUCAGGAUCAUUGGAGGCGACGUGCAUUACUUUAGGAUUCUUUCAGAGUUUUGGGAAGAUAGAUUAUGGAGAGCUAAGGCAUUAGGAUUGAAUGCAAUUCAAACUUACGUUGCGUGGAAUGUGCAUGAACCAAUUGCAGGCCAAUUGGUUUUUCAAGGGUCUGCAGAUAUAUUUUCAUUUUUAAGCCUUUGCCAGAAAUUGGAUUUACUAGUUAUGCUCCGCAUUGGACCAUAUAUCUGUGCAGAGUGGGAUCUAGGAGGCCUUCCAGCUUGGUUGCUUGCUAUAGAACCAGCCCUAAGACUGCGAUCCUCCGACCCUGCAUUUAUUACCUUCGUCGAAAGAUGGUGGGGAGUAUUACUCCCAAAACUCACUCAUUCACUUUACAAAAAUGGAGGCCCUAUUGUAAUGGUCCAGAUCGAAAACGAGUUCGGUUCAUAUGGAGAUGAUAAAGCAUACCUUCAUCAUUUAGUUAGGCUAGCCAGAAGACACCUUGGAGAUGAUGUUAUUCUAUAUACUACAGAUGGAGGUACCAAAGAAAAUCUAGAGAAAGGGACUAUUCCGGGGGAUGCUGUCUUUUCAUCUGUUGACUUUUCAACUGGAGAUGAUCCAUGGGCUGUAUUUGAAUUGCAGAAAGAGUUUAAUGCACCUGGUAAAUCGCCACCUCUUUCCAGUGAGUUUUAUACCGGUUGGCUUACACACUGGGGAGAGAAAGUCGCAAACACUGAUUCAGAUUUUACAGCAUCUUCUUUGGAAAACAUAUUAGCAGGGAAUGGAUCUGUUGUCCUCUAUAUGGCACAUGGUGGGACAAACUUUGGAUUUUAUAGUGGUGCAAACACUGGUUCAGACGAAUCUGAUUACAAACCUGAUCUUACAUCUUAUGAUUAUGAUGCACCUAUCAAAGAAUCAGGCGAUGUGGACAAUCCAAAGUACGAAGCUCUACAAAAAGUGAUUGCCAAGUAUAGCACAACACCUCUCUAUCCAGUUCCUUCCAACAAUGAAAAGAAAGCUUAUGGACGUAUUAAGUUAGGGAAUAUUCAACAUUUAUUCGAUGUUAUUAACUUUAGAGACAAUGAUAGUAUGAUAACAUCUGAAUACCCAUUACCAAUGGAGUCUCUGGGUCAGAUGUUUGGAUUUGCGUUGUAUGUAUCUGAUUUUGCUGUGAAAGGCCAUAGAAGCAUAUUGUCAAUACCAAAGGUGCAUGACAGGGCACAGGUCUUUCUUUCAUGCCCUUCAGACAGUAAUGAAGGACCAAUAUAUUUAGGCACUAUAAUGAGAUGGUCAAGCACACCUAUAAGCUUUACAGUUGCUAAUUGCACUUCCAGGAACAGGAUCUUUAUAUUGGUUGAAAAUAUGGGGCAUCUCAAUUACGGGCCAUAUAUAUUUGACCGGAAGGGGAUAUUGUCUUCUGUAUAUAUUGAUGGAAGACCAUUGAAUGCAUGGAGAAUGCUGCCGGUCCCUCUCCACAACUUAAAUGAGGAUGAAAACAUAAGUUAUAUUAUUCCAAAUGUACAUACCAACUAUUUAAAGGCAGCUGCAAGAUCUGUACACAAGAGGCUGAAAACUAAAUUGAAGAUUGGAUCAGAACCAGCUUUCUACACCGGUCAGUUUUCUGUCCAAAAAGCCAAGGACACAUAUAUUUCACUUCGGGGCUGGAGUAAGGGUGUUGCAUUUGUCAAUGGAUUUAACAUAGGGCGAUUUUGGCCGUCAUUUGGGCCGCAGUGUAAUCUCUAUGUUCCUGCUCCAAUCCUUGUGGAAGGGAAAAACCUUGUGGUGAUUCUAGAGUUGGAAAGGGCAAACCCUGAUCUUUCGGUGACUUCAGUGGAGCAGCCCGAUUUUACUUGUGGAUCCACAAGCUGAAAUGUGCAUCAACUCUGACAUUAUCCAAAGCAUGUGUGUGUCACUAAAACCUCAAAUAUAAUCCAGUUUGAUUUCGGCUUUUAAAUUUCUCUUUUGUUGGAUUUGUGUGUACAUGUAAGCAAUGCUGAAGUAUUUUGGACCAUAUAUGAGGGAGUAUUAUUUUUUUAAAACAGAAGAAAAAUUGAACAAAUUACAAUAUUUCGGGACAAACGAAAAAAAGUGUUGUUAAGGG